AUGCCUCAGCUAGAAGGAGCCAGGCCUCUGGUGCCCUCUGAGAAUUCGGGUCCGGCUCCUGUCUUGGGCGCAGCCUUCAGCCGCCGCUUCAGCGAACAAUACUCCGAUCUCGCUCGCGUCGCCAUCAUGAGCAACGCCUCUACCACCUCUACCACCUCUCCCAAUCCUAACGUCGAAGCCUCACUGAAUCUUGUCGCAAAUCCCCCAGGGCUUAUGCCUCCUCCCAAAACCGCUUUUGGACGGGCGUCCUCCAGCCUCACCCCCAACAAAAUACCACCCAAUCCUACGAAUGCUUUGGGAAGGGCCCUGACUGAUACUCCUGCGUCCAGUGCACCCACCAGCCCCCAAAUACUUGCCCGUACAAGCGCCAGUGUGUCUGGCACCACCACUCCCAAAAUCCGCGCUACAACCCUCGACAUCCCCGGCCUGACUCGCUCCAAAGUCUCGCCUGACGGGCGGAUCUCGGAAAGAGAUGUCGGAGCCAAGCUGGUCAUCAUCAUGGUCGGCUUGCCAGCUCGAGGGAAAAGCUACAUCACCAAGAAGAUCGCCCGAUAUCUGAACUGGUUACAACAUCCCACCCGAAUAUUCAAUGUUGGCGACCGUCGCAGAGUGGCGGCUGGCAGAGGGCCACCAAUGCCUGACCGGACAGAGGCUGCUCUUCGGGAGUCCGUCCGGCGCAUGAGUUCGACCACUGGCGGGCCUUCGACUAUAGUGGACCACGGCGAAUUUCUGCCUCCGCCAGCCAUGAAAGCCGAAAUCCGUGUCAACGAUGAAGCCAGUUCUUCGUCGCCGACCAGCCCCCGCCAGACGAACGAUUCUGCCGUACCUGAUAAGGAUCAGGAUCAGGAUCAGGAUCCGAUCUUGCUCUCUGCCCCGGAGCCGAUAGAUCAGUCCGCUCGGUUCUUUGACCCCCAAAAUACCCGCGCGAAGCUACUCCGGGAACAGGUUGCCCAUCAGGCACUAGAUGAAUUGUUGAAGUACGUGUUGGAGGAAGGCGGCUCUGUCGGUAUCCUGGACGCGACCAAUCAUACACAAGAACGACGCAUGGCGUUGAUGAAACACCUUCGUGAACGGGACGAGAACAUCAAUGUCCUGUUCAUCGAGUCGCGGUGCCAGGACCAGAACCUGCUUGAAGCCAACAUGCGACUGAAACUGUCGGGUCCGGACUACCGUGGCAAAGAUCCUGUUGCGGCGUUGAAGGACUUCCAGGAACGGGUCCGGCAGUACGAGAAGUCCUAUCAGAAGUUGGAUGCAUUAGAGGAAGAACACAACAUGUCCUACUGCUCCAUGAUCGAUGUAGGCCGGAAAAUGGUCACUUUCCAGGUCAAGGGGUUUCUUUCCAUUCAGACCGUGACCUACUUGAUGAAUUUCAACCUGGCUCCGAGACAGAUCUGGAUCACGCGUCAUGGAGAAUCCAUGGACAAUGUCAAUGGCAAAAUUGGAGGGGACAGCUCGUUGAGCCCCAACGGGGUGAGGUAUGCUCGAGCACUUAGCAAAUUCAUCGAAGCACAGUGGAAGAUUUGGGAAGCGAACCAGGCCGAGAAAAAGGCCAACACACAUUUCCCGCCUCGGCCGGGUGACACGACACCUCCCAACCCGGCCUACACGGCCCAAACUCUGCAACAACGAAACUUCUGCGUGUGGACGAGCAUGUUAAAGAGGAGUAUCGAGACCAGUCAGUUCUUCAACGAGGAUGACUUCGAUGUCAAACAGAUGCGAAUGCUGGACGAGUUGAACGCUGGGUCCAUGGAGGGCAUGACCUACAUGGAAAUCCGAGACAAAUUCCGCCAAGAGUACGAGCUUCGAAAGCGUGACAAGCUGCACUACCGGUACCCUGGCCCGGGCGGCGAAGGAUAUCUGGACAUCAUCAACCGCCUGGGAAAGGUGAUUCUCGAGAUCGAGCGGAUGACAGAUCACGUCUUGAUCAUCGGCCACCGAAGCAUAUGCCGCGUUCUUUUGGCAUACUUUAUGGGUCUCGACCAGGAAGACAUCAGCGAUCUGGAUGUGCCGUUAGGGGUGGUGUACUCGCUCGAACCGAGACCUUAUGGUGUUGAUUUCAUGGCGUAUCGGUGGGACCCAGCCACUGACGAGUUUCGACACGAGCCUGACUAUCAAAUGAGGCGAGCCACCGACCCACAAGCAGCCUGA